AACAGGAGCCACCUGCUCAGAGCUGGCCCCAUAGACCUGCAAGGAGCGAGGGGCGCUUCGUCGCCCUUCCUCCUUGGGUCUCCCGCGGAUCCCAACAGAGCUCACGAUGGCACCUUCAUUAGCAACCGACAAGGUCACCCUCCGGGAGCUGGCCGACCUAGCAAUCGGGACUCCAGAAGUGGGAGCGGUGAACUUCACGGCCCUGCACACACUGAUAGUUGCCAUGCUCAGGAGCCUCAACCUCCAAGAGGUCCUCAUCGAUUUCCACUACCCGUCGGUAGAGCCUGGCCGCCCAGUCCCUGAGGUGAUCCGAAGCUCCUUCAGCACCCCACACGUGUCAACCAGCAAAGAAAAGCAAGAGAAGCGCCGGAGUCUGGUCAAACUGUCACUGCCUCAGCAGACCCUGGAGAGCCAGGUGAAGGACCUGGGCAGCCAGCUGCAGGACCUCAGUAAGCAGAUUAAGAAUAUGGACAACAAAAUGCAAGGCAUCGCCACGCACGUGGAGCACAUCUCCACAGUCCCUGACCUCUUCCAGGACUUUCCCAAGUUGGAGGAGAUGACUCUAACCCCACAGAUGUCCCUCAAGACCUAUGACUCCAUGGACAUGCUGGAGAGGCCUGAGCCCUCCACAGGCGGGACGUCCCCUCAGGUGCUGACGAUCCAACCACGGCUCUCAAAGACUCAGAAAGAAGUCAGCCCAGCCAAGUCCAUGAGUGUGCUCCAAGACCUCGUGGAAGACAUGAAAACCCUGAAGGAAGCCCACCGGAAGACGCAGGAGUUCCCUGAGCUGAAUGCCCAGGAACUCCUUCAGCGUCUUAAUGAACUGGAGAAGGUAGUCAAAGACCGAGAGGAAUACCUGGAUCAGUUAAGUCGGAGGCUGAAUCUUGCUCCAGGUGGUGAAGAAAUCACCAUGGUCACCUGGGAGGAGCUGGAACAAGCUAUCACUGAUGGCUGGAAAGCCUCAAGAGGGAGCUCAGAUUCAUCAUCAGCAACACUUGGCAGGCGCAAAAUUACAUCGUUAACAUCAAGUGACAUUCCAAGUGGAGUAUUUCCCAAAGCCUCAGUGGCUGACCAGACUCUAGGUUCUAUUGGUGGCCCAGAACAGAUGUUAGCCAGUGGUGUAGCAUGGACCCCUGAAAGGGUCAUUAGUAGAGAUCAGAGCAGAUCUAGUACUGGAUUUCGAGAUCUGCGCCCACGGGCCCGUGAGUCAUCCCAGGUCUUAUCAGAAACAGAUAGCCGGGGUACUAGAGAGUCUGUAGCUUCCAUAGGUUCAAGAAGAGAUGGACAGCAGCCUGGCCCAACUCGACAGGACUUACCUGCAGCCAGAGACCAGCAUGGUGGGGUGCCCACUACUCAGGGUCAGGUUUACCCACGGCCGGAUGAGCGUGGAAUUGGGACAUUUGGCAUGGAUCAACCUGCACUGCUAUACCCUGGCUCUUAUUCUCAUGCUGUGAUACCCCUCACUAUGGGUCAGCUUGGUGUAUUGCCACCAGAAAUGGAUGACCAGGGACUGGUGCCUCUUGCUGUGGAUCAGAGUGCCAUGGUCUCACCAUCGGUACUUGCCAGGGGUCAACAAGGACUGGACAAACUCAGUAUAGCUCAGUCUGUUUCUGUUCCAUUCAGCGUAUAUCAGCAAGGCAUGAUACUUCCUAGAACAGAUCAACAUGGAAUGGAACAGGCUGUUAUGUAUGACAGUGGUCUGGGACCAUGGGCCACGGAUAGGCAAGGGCUGAUACCAGUUGGCAUAGAUCAGCAUGGAUUUGUAGUGUUAGGCACAGGUCAGCAGGGAUUGGUCCCCCCUGGUGUGGAUCAGCAGGGAUUGGUAAUGCCUGGCAUAGAUCAGCGUGCGUUCCUUCCAUCUCAUCCAGAUCAAUAUGGUUUGGUGUCACCCAGUUUGCUGCAAGUUAGCACAGAUCAACAAGGUUUUAGACAGCCCAGCUUGGAAGCACCAGGGUUCACGCAACCUGGUACAGAACAGCGUGGCUUGAUCCAGCCUGAAGCAGAGGAGCGUGGUGUUGGGCAACCUGGUAUAGAUCAGCGUGGUGCUGUGCAGCCUGGUGUAGAUCAGCGUGGUGUUGUGCAGCCCCUUGUAGAUCAGCGUGGUGUUAGUUCAGCACAGCCAGGGUCAGAUCAGCAGAGCUUGGUGCAGCCGGUGGCAGAUCAACGUGGUUUGGUACAACCUAGCACAGAUUGGGAUGGUUUGGUGCAGCCUGGCACAGACCACCAUUUGGUACCUCCUGGUGCAGGCCAGCCUAGCUUGAUUCAACCUGGUGUAUAUCCACCUGGUUUGGCACAACUUGGUGCAGGUCAACAAGGUUUAGUGCAACCUGGCACGGGUCAGCCUGUUUGGGUUCAACUGAGCACAGAUCAGCGUGGCUGGGCACAGCCUGGUGCAUUUCUGCCUGGUUUGGUGCAGCACAAUAUGGUUUACUCCAACUCCAAGCAGGUAGAGACCAGCAAGGUGUGCUGCAACCUGGUAUGGAUCAACUUGAUUGGACGCAACCUGGAAUGGACCACAGUGAUUCAGUACAACCAGGUGCAGCGUCAGGUGAUGCAGCCUAGACUGGUGCAGCCUAUCGUAGAUCAGAGUGGCCUGGUGCAGCCUGUCGUGGAUCAGCGUGGCCUGGUGCAGCCUGUCGUGGAUCAGCGUGGCCUGGUGCAGCCUGUCGUGGUUCAGCGUGGCCUGAUGCAGCCUGUCGUGGGUCAGCGUGGCCUGGUGCAGCCUGUCGUGGGUCAGCGUGGCCUGGUGCAGCCUGGUGUGGGUCAGCGUGGCCUGGUGCAGCCUGGUGUGGGUCAGCGUGGCCUGGUGCAGCCUGGUGUGGGUCAGCCAAGCUCAGUGCAGCCUGGUGUGGUGCAGCCUGGCGUGGGUCAGCGUGGCCUGGUGCAGCCUGGCGUGGGUCAGCGUGGCCUGGUGCAGCCUGGCAUGGUGCAGCCUGGCAUGGGUCAGCCAAGCUCAGUGCAGCCUGGCAUGGAUCAGCGUGGCCUGGUGCAGCCUGGCAUGGGUCAGCCAAGCUCAGUUCAGCCUGGCAUGGGUCAGCCAAGUUCAGUACAGCCUGGCAUGGGUCAGCCAAGCUCAGUGCAGCCUGGCAUGGAUCAGCGUGGCCUGGUGCAGCCUGGCAUGGGUCAGCCAAGCUCAGUGCAGCCUGGCGUGGAUCAGCGUGGCCUGGUGCAGCCUGGCGUGGAUCAGCGUGGCCUGGUGCAGCCUGGCGGGGAUCAGAGUGGCCUGGUGCAGCCUGGUGUGGAUCAGCGUGGCCUGGUGCAGCCUGUUGUGGAUCAGUAUAGCCUGGUGCAGCCUGUCGUGGAUCAGCGUGGCCUGGUGCAGCUUGUUGUGGAUCAGCGUGGCCUGGUGCAGCCUAUUGUGCAUCAGUACGGCCUGGUGCAGCCUGGCGUGGAUCAGCGUGGCCUGGUGCAGCCUGGCGUGGAUCAACGUGGCCUGGUGCCACCUGGUGUGGAUCAGCGUGGCUCUCUGCAGCUUGGGGAAGAAAGACGUGACUCACUACAGCCUGGGGAAAAAAGACGUGAAUCUCUACAGCCUGGGGAAGAAAGACGAAGCGAAACACGCAGCGAGCGGCAGGAAUCGCUGGAAAAACUGGCACCGAGUUUCCCCAUGGCCGUGGAAUCAUUUCGCCUGCUGGGCGAGAUGAUUGGCAUUUAUGUGGAACUGAAGGAACACAUGAAGGACUUGGAAGAGGAGCAUGCUGGCCAGACUGACUUGGAGAAAAUUCAGUACCUGCUAGCAAUGAUGGUCAAAAAGACCAUACCUCAGGACCUGCAGGAUCAGCUAAAGAGCCUAAAGACCCUGAACAAAGAAGUUCGGCAGGACAAGGCCAAACUGGAGAAGAUACAGAAGCUGCUGGAUGGUGAAGUUUCCGGAGGAAAGGAUGUCAAACCCAGUCAUCUGAGCUUGCAGCUGGGUAUCCUCAGAGUCACAGUGUCUGACAUCGAGAAGGAGCUGUCUGAGCUGAGGGAGAGCCAAGAGCGAGGCAAGGCCGCCAUGGAGAAUUCAGUCUCUGAAGCCUCCCUCUACUUGCAGGAUCAGCUGGACAAGCUCAGGACCAUUAUCGAGAGCAUGCUGAGCUCCUCCUCCACGCUGCUGUCUAUGAGCAUAACCCCGCACAAGUCCACAAGCACCCUGGUGCCCGGCCAGAUCGACCCGGAGGCCACCUGUCCAGCCUGCAGUCUGGAUGUGAGCCAUCAAGUCAGCCUGCUGGUACAGCGCUACGAGCAGCUGCAGGACAUGGUCAGCAGCCUGGCUGCCUCCAGGCCUUCCAAGAAGGCCAAGCUGCAGAGCCAGGAUGAGGAGCUGCUGGGCCACGUGCAGAGUGCCAUCCUCCAAGUCCAGGGCGACUGUGAGAAGCUCAACAUUACUACCAGCAACCUCAUUGAGGACCAUCGGCAGAAGCAGAAAGACAUUGAAGUGCUGUACCAGGGAAUAGAGAGGCUGGAGAAGGAAAAGGCUGACCGAGAGCGCCUGGAGAUGGAGAUUGAUGUGAAAGCAGACAAGAGCGCUCUGGCAUCCAAGGUGAGCCGGAUCCAAUUUGACGCCGCCACAGAGCAGCUGAACCACAUGAUGCAGGAGCUGGUGGCCAAGAUGAGCGGGCAGGAGCAGGACUGGCAGAAACUUCUGGACAAGCUCCUGGCGGAGAUGGACAGCAAGCUGGACCGCCUGGAGCUGGACCCAGUAAAGCAGAUGCUGGAGGAUCGCUGGAAGUCGCUGCGGCAGCAGCUCAAAGAGCGCUCUCCACUCUACCAGGCAGAUGAGGCGGCUGCCAUGCGGAGGCAGCUCCUGGCUCACUUCCACUGCCUGUCCUGUGACCGUCCCUUGGAGACAUCUGUGACUGGACAAGUCCUCUCUAUGACCCCUAUAGUUCCCAGCAUGCCGGGGCACCGGUCCAUCCGGCCUUAUACCGUGUUUGAGCUAGAGCAGGUCCGGCAGCAGAGCCGCAACCUGAAGCUGGGCGGCAGCUUCUCCCGGGGUGACCUGUCGCAGAUGGAGAGGAGCGUAGGACGCCUCCGCAGCAUGUACUCCAAGAUGCUGAUGGACAUCGAGAAGGUGCAGAUCCACUUCGGAGGCUCUGUGAAGGCCAGCAGCCAGAUGAUCCGAGAGCUGCUACACUCCCAAUGCCUCAGCCACCCGUGCUACAAACGGGGACUUGAUACAGCAGAUUAUACCUACUCAACUGUGCCCAGGCGCUGUGGGGGCAGCCACACCCUCACCUACCCUUACCGCCGAAACCGCCCGCAGCACCUGUCCCCACUGGAGGAGAUCCAGAUUGCCAUGAAGCACGAUGAGGUUGAUAUCUUGGGUCUCGAUGGACACAUCUACAAGGGACGGAUGGAUACAAGGUUGCCAGGCAUCCUAGGGAAAGAUGCCCCAGGAAUGACAAAGCCCAAGUCCAGACAGCUGCAGCAGCUCCAGCAGUUACAACAGCUCCAGCAGCUGCAGCAACUGCAACAGUUGCAGCAGGCCCAGCAUGCCCGGCCACACUUGCACAGGCAGCCAUCCCUGGGCAACAACGGCCCGCCCUCUCGGCCUCAGAGUGCACAGAUGUUGACAGACAACAAUCCAGUUCCUUCAGGACAAAAGAAAGACAGACCUGUCUCCUCUGAGGGGCGUUUCUCCCAGCCCAAUGUGGCCCAUUCGUCCGGCUCCACAGAGAUGAACAAUCUGCAGGGCGGCCCGUCUGGGCUGAAUGUACAUAUGGACGUAUCUCCUCGGGAGGGGAUGGAGGAGCCCACCCGGGGACCUAGAUCCACCACUGCUCACUAAACACAAGUAUAAAUAAAAGUUUCAAA